AUGCUAUCCGCGACCUACACACCCGCGCGUAAGAACAUCACUAGAUCGCGCAUGGGAUGUGCCGUGUGCAAGUCCAAAAGACUCAAAUGUGAUGAAUUGAAGCCUGCCUGUGGUCGCUGUCUUAGACUGGGCAUACCAUGCCCCGGUUAUCAGAAGCCUUUGCGCUGGAAGGCCGGAUCAAAGUCUCCCAAGGAUGUCCCUGAUACGCCCAGGACCGAUGUCUCUGCUGACCCCCAGCAAGGCUCGGCAUAUGCUCCGUAUCAGCCGCAGCAGCCGAAUGAACAGUUUGUCAACAACUUUUACGACACAGAACUUUUAGAUCAAUUCACCGGUUCCAUGGACCCUGCAUGCGUUGAGGUUCAGGGUCAAGAACCUAUUGACUCAUCCGUGCCUCUGAUGCAGUUCUCGGAUGACCUUCUCCAGCUGUAUCCGGACCAAACAGCAGAUACUCUAUCCCAAGGCUCCAGCGAGGACAGACUUUGGCAAUCUGGCGCUUUGGUACAGGUCCUGCCAUAUGCACAAGCUAUGAAUCGAUUAGAACCCCAGAAUCAAGUUACCCAAGUUUCUCAAGUUGCUGAGCAACAUUACGAUAUGCCGUUAGCAGCUGCCCUCCAGGACCAUUCUUCAGUUCUUGUCGAGUACUAUUUCAAAGAGGUAUGCGGAUUGAUGUCCUGUUACGACAGCCCUAUGAACCCGUAUCGAACUACCAUAUCAAACAUGUGGUCCGGAUCACAAUCUCUCUAUUAUAUCACCCAGAGCAUGGCCGCCGCAUGCCUCUCUGAAGUCUCACCCAAUUUCUCACCGAUCGGCCACCGACUUCGAGACCAAGCCAUGAUUUGUCUGUCCAGAGAAGCCAAAGUUGCCGAGUUGGAAACUUCUUCUUUACUGGCUUUAGUCAUGUUGGGAAUGAGUCUUUCAUGGCAUGAUCCCAAUAGUCUCGGUCAGCUCCAAUUCGACGUCCUGGCCAAGAAGGUCUUCGCCGCUGAGGCACGUGGUGAUGCCCUCGCUUUGGCAGAUAAGAAAAAGGAAUUUUUCUUCUACAAUUCUUUGGUAUACUGGAAGAUGCUACUCUCCUUUGUCACAGACGUGGAUCCAAACACGAGUGCCCAGCCCCAACCAGUCCCGCCAGAUUGUCUCGACCUGCAAGAACCUCGUAUGCCUCAUCCACAGACAGGUAUCGGCAUCGAAGUUCAAGAGCUUGUUGCCAAAGUGGGAAGUCUUGUGCGAAAAGAGAGAAAGAGGAUCCGCUCCCGUCGCUUUGCUUCAAAGGAAGAUAUACAGCAUGCGCAGGAUGCAAUCGUGACUUCAGAGCUGCUUCACUCGGAGCUUCGUGCGUUACGGCUACCGCAGGAAAGCGACAUUGUCGAUGCCGGGGAUGAGCUCACUCCCGCAAUUCAUCUGGUCAAUGUGGCUGAAGCUUAUCGGUGUACGGGGUUGCUUCAGUUGUACCGGAACUUUCCGGAUCUUCUUGCACCUUUCAUACAACCGGCGCACCCGAGCAACCAGUCAUUUAUGGGGGGAUCACCCGACUCUGCUUCUUCCUACUCCGAUGAGCGAGCUUUGGCGGAUGCUUGGUUGACUUGUCUAGCACUUCAUGUGCUAGACUUGGUAAAGGACAUACCUUUGUCAUCGCGAAGCAGAUCUAUUCAACCGUUGCUAUUUGUGAGUAUAUGCAGUGAGCUCUCUCUUGGUCGUUCAUAUACUACAAUUCCGGAGUUGCAGCAACCGCAUGUGGUAAGCAUAGCAACAAGCCCUAGGUUCAGAACGCCCUUGACUGUCCUUGAUAUUCUACACUCAAGAAAAGCCAUCAUCUCUCGUCUCUCUGCUUUUGAAAAUAUUCUGGCAGCCAAGCCAAUCCGUCGAAUGUUGGCGCUGGUCAAGAAGACGUGGACAAAGAUGGACGAGGAGAAACACGAGGCCUACUGGAUGGAUGUGAUGAUGGACAAUGGAUAUGAAACAUUGAUGGGAUAG